AUGGAGGCCUGGGAGUGCCAACAGAUGAAGAUCAAAAGGUAUAUGAAGUACCUCUACCCUUACGAAUGUGAAAAGAGGGGCCUGAGCUCCCCCGGAGAGCUCCAGGUAGCUAUCGACAGCAACCGCCGUGAGGGACGUCGUCAGAGCUACGGGUCGGCCAUCUUUAACUACUCUCCAGUAGGGACUCCCACCAACCUCUCCUCCACCAAGAUGAGCAUGUCUCACCUGGCCAUGUCCACCUACAACGGAGUACACCUGACCCAGGGACACAACAUCAAGAAAGAGGACGGCCUGAUGUCGGGAGGUCUGCCGGGCCGUGUUGGGGAGAUGUCUCUGGGAGGGCACCACGGGGCGGCUGCAGCGUUGGAGCAGCUGAUAAGCCGCCGGCCAUCCACAAUCACUUCUACUGCCAGCGGGGAGCCGCCGGACAUCUAUAAGGACUUCGAUGGAUCUAUAAUCAGAGGCUCGUCUAUAAUCAUGCGCUGCCAUCUAUAA